AUGGCGAAGCAGGCUGUGUUUGGCGCCUUCGCCGCGGUCCUGUUGGUGGCCGCGGUGAUCGGCGUGAUCGCGACGGUGGUGAACAGCAACCACAAGUCAUCGUCGGAGGAGACAUCGCCGUCCACGUCCAUAAAAGCACUCUGCGCCAAGACUGACUACAGCGACGUAUGCAUACGCACAGUCGGCACCGUCAACUCCUCUGCCUCCGAUCCCAAGGCGUUCAUCCAGGCCGCCUUCCAGGCAGCCAUAGACGAGGUCAACGGCGCCUUCCACCUCGCCAACAAUGUCAGCGCCGGGGCCACCGACGAGUUCAACAAGAACGCCUUCGCCGACUGCAAGUCGCUUCUGGAGUACGCCACCGAGGAGCUGCAGGCCGCGAUGACAGAGUCGCACGACGUCGAUGGCUUAGCGCGGCGCACAGACGACAUCAAGUCCUGGCUCUCCGCCGUCAUCACCUACCAGGAGACCUGCAUCGACGGCAUCACCCAGCCGGAACUGCAGGACUCGAUGCGGAAGGGCUUGACCACGGCGCAGCAAGUCACCAGCAACGCCAUCGCCUUCGUCGACGCCCUCAGCUCGCUCUUCAAGUCCUUCGACUUGAACAGCUUCAAUAUCACGACCUCAGGACGGCGACUUCUGUCGGACCACUACAAGUACCCGACGUGGUUCUCAGGGCACGACAGGAAGCUUUUGGCCGCGCAAUCGAGGGGGCAAUUGAAGCCCAACGUGGUGGUGGCGCAGGACGGGAGCGGCAACUUCAAGACCAUUAACGCUGCCCUCAACGCCAUGCCGAAGAGGUACGCCGGGAGGUACGUGAUCUACGUGAAGACCGGCGUCUACAAGGAGUACGUGAUGGUGACCAAGGACAUGAACCAAGUCUUAAUGUACGGAGAUGGGCCAAGAAAGACGAUCGUGACAGGGAGCAAGAACUUCGUCGACGGCGUCGGCACUAUCAACACGGCCACAUUUGCUGUGGUGGGACAGGGCUUUAUCGCCAAGUCGAUGGGAUUCAGCAACACCGCCGGCGCCAUUAAGCACCAAGCGGUGGCGCUCCGCGUGCAGUCCGACAUGGCGGCCUUCUUCAACUGCCGAAUGGACGGGUACCAGGACACGCUCUACGUGCACGCCCACCGCCAGUUCUACCGCAACUGCGUCAUCUCCGGCACCGUCGAUUUCAUCUUCGGCGACUCCGCCGCCGUCUUCCAGAACUGCCUCAUGGUCGUGCGCCGCCCCAUGGACAACCAGCAGAACAUCGUGACGGCGCACGGGCGCACGGAAGCCAGGGAAGCCACCGGCCUCGUCAUCCAGGAUUGCCGCAUCGUCCCCGACCAGAAGCUCUUCCCCGACCGGUUGAAGAUCCCCAGCUACCUCGGCCGCCCAUGGAAGGCCUACGCGCUCACCGUCGUGAUAGAGUCCACCAUCGGCGACCUGAUACGCCCCGAAGGGUGGAUGCCAUGGGACGGGAAUCUAUACCUUGACACCCUGUACUACGCCGAGUACGGCAACCGCGGUCCCGGCGCCGGAACCAGUGGCCGUGUCAAGUGGAAAGGAUACCGCGUCAUCAACAAGCAAACCGCCCAACAAUUCACGGUGAACAACUUCAUCCAGGGCAACCAGUGGAUCCCUUACACCGGCAUUACCUUCCUCAGCGGCCUUAAGUUCUAAGUAAAUUCCAAUGUUGAAUUUCUAGAGAAGCGAAUUGGAGA